AUGGCUGCUCUCCUCUCCCUUCACACCUUUUCCCAACUUCAAACCAACCUCUCUACUUCGAGGGUUACGGUAAAGCCCCGAGCUGCCCUCCAUGGAGCUCAGAGAAUGCGAGUCCCUUACGAGCUCAAGCAGGAACAGUCUCGUCUUUUCCACCAGCUCCCCUCUGGCCUCAACAUGGAGGUAAUUGUGCAGAAGGGAGUUGCAGAAAAAGAAUCAGAUGAGAAAAAGGAGAGAACAAGUGAAAACCCACCUCUUGUUUUUGUUCAUGGAAGCUACCAUGCUGCUUGGUGCUGGGCUGAGCACUGGAUGCCUUUCUUUUCAGCUUCUGGGUAUGAUUGUUAUGCGAUUAGCUUGUUGGGCCAGGGUGAAAGUGAUGCACCCAGUGCUUCUGUUGCUGGUACUCUCCAGACACAUGCAAGUGAUGUUGCUGAUUUCAUCUGCAAAAAACUCACGUUUCCACCAGUGUUGAUUGGCCACUCUUUUGGAGGUCUCAUCAUUCAGUACUAUAUUGCAAACGCUAAACCUUACCAAUUUUUAGACAUGAGAGAUUUUUUCCCUGAGCUUAUGGGGGCUGCACUUGUCUGCUCUGUACCUCCUUCGGGCAAUAGUGGCUUAGUGUGGCGCUAUCUCUUUUCCAAACCUAUUGCUGCUUUUAAGGUCACACGUAGCCUGGCAGCAAAAGGAUUUCAAACUUCUGUUCCUCUUUGUAAGGAGACAUUUUUUUCUGCAACAAUGGAGGAUUGCCUAGUUUUACGUUAUCAAGAGCUAAUGAAGAAAAGUUCAAGAAUGCCAUUAUUUGAUCUGCGGAAGCUCAAUGCAGCGCUUCCAGUUCCUUCAGUGCCAAAAUCGGCUAUUGAACUCCUUGUUUUGGGUGCAAAUGACGAUUUCAUCGUGGAUGCUGAAGGUCUCAAAGAAACAGGCCGGUUUUAUGGUGUCUCUCCGAUCUGUGUUGAAGCGGUUGCCCAUGACAUGAUGUUGGACUGUUUAUGGGAUAAGGGUGCAAAAGUUAUCCUAUCAUGGCUAAAAGAUUUGAAGAAAUAG